UGGGCCGGGAGGCCAGUUGGAAGCCCCCGUCCGGCGGCGACCGAGGACCCCGGGGUCCGGUCAGUGGGCGCCGCGGGGAUUGCCCGAGAGUCCGCGGCUUCGCCGCGCGCCCGGCGCAGCCUGCAGAGUCGCCCCGAAGCCGGGCCCGGCCGCGACCACCGGGCAUGGGCACCGAGAGUGGACACUCAGAGCCCGACCGCCAGCGGCAGUUCCAGGCUGCCGUCAGCGUCAUUCAGAACCUGCCUAAGAAUGGGUCUUACAGCCCCUCAUACGAAGAAAUGCUGCGGUUCUACAGCUACUACAAGCAGGCGACCAUGGGGCCCUGCAGGAUCCCCCGCCCCGGCUUCUGGGACCCCAUUGAGAGAUACAAAUGGGACGCCUGGAACAGCCUGGGCCGGAUGAGCAAGGAGGAGGCCAUGGCCGCCUACAUCAGCCAGAUGAAGUUGGUGGCACAGAAGGUGAUCGACACAGUGCCCCUGGACGAGGUGGCCGAGGAGAUGUUCGGGUACUUCGAGCCUCUGUACCAGAUGAUCCCUGACAUGCCAAGACCCCCGGAGUCCUUCCUGAGGAGGGCCACAGGUCGCACAAGGAAGGCAGGGAAUGAUGGAAGCACGGGAGUAGACCCACGGCCUCCCCACUCCCCGCAGGAACUGGCACCCCCUAGCCCAGAGGCCUCCACACCCAAGGACUUGGACUCUGAGGAUUUCUGCGAUUCUGUGGAGCAGCUGGAGCCCGAAGCGGUUCGGGCUGAGCAGAGGGGGGCCCCUGGAGGAGAGCCCAGGGCCAGGACCAGCCCCAGCCCCGGCUACACAGACAAAGAAGGGCCGGAAGGCAGCCCAUCGGCGCCCCGGGAAGUGGACGUGUGGCUGGUGCGGACUGUUCGCGCCCUGCAGGAGAACAUGCGGGACGUCCAGGGCAGGCUGCAGAGCCUGGAGAACACGCCCUGCUCCCCCACGCAGCAGAAGCCCGGCGCCCGGCCCUGGCCGCUCCGACUCUCCGGGCCCACGCUGCUCUUCUUCCUCCUGUGGCCCUUCAUCGUCCAGUGGCUCUUGAGACAGCUCCGGACCCACAAGAGGUGACUCCGGGGAGGGGAGUCUGCGCCCGCCCAGGAGGUCCUGCGCCCUGCACCCUGCUGUGCCCUGAGCCUCGCGAGGGUCUGCAAGACCAGCGCUGGACACCCGCGCCCACCUCCGUGCUGGCCUCAGCACCGCCCUGCCCACUGCUUCUGGCCGCCGGGGGCCAGGGACGUGGCCGGUGCGCGUCCCCGAGCUGCUGCGUCGGGGGGCGGGGCGCGGGUGUCGGCCCCUGCCCGCCCCCGCGGCCGGUCACCUGACCGCGUCCCGCCCUGGCCCAGCUCCCGGGCAAGUUGGGACCUGGCCGGGCCGGCCCAGGCGAUUGGCCGAGCGGUAGGGCGCAGGCCCAGGCCGCCGGCCCGCACACUCAGGACGCACUUGCACUUGAAUUCUCACCAAAUAAAAGCGAACGUUGCUCUGCCA